AUGAUAUCCUCGGGGGCGGUUCUUCCGAAUUCUCGAACCUAUGUAGCAGCAUUCAAGGCUUGUAGCCGUCUGGCAGCGAUGGAAGGCAGCAGUGCAAUGGACGGUAAGGCUGUCAAGACUUGUAUGUGGCGAGCAUUCUUAUAGAUGCGUACGCCAAUUCCGGGAGCUUGGUAGACGCUGGAAGAGUCUUCGACUCGAUAGGGUGCCGGAACGUUGUGUCGUGGAAUUCACUCAUCCUGGGGCAUGCUGAGAACGGUGAAGAAGAUGUCGCUUUGAAGUUACUUGAGUGGAUGCUGUGCAACAACUCUUGCAAGCCGGACGGUCGGACAUUCCUUGCUGCAGUGAAGGCUUGCACAAAUCUGGCAGUGAAGGAAGCGGUUCGUGAAAGCGACGAGACAGUCACCAAAGUUCUCUCUUUGGAAAAGGGCCUGGCAGUGCAUCUUCAGCUGACAAGGUGUUGCAAAGACCAAGACGACGUCUUCAUUGCCAACGCACUUGUCGACAUGUACGCAAAGUGUGGGAGCUUGGUGGAUUCUGAGAGGGUCUUUCACGGCAUGAAGAAUCUCACGGUCGUGACUUGGACUUCGCUGAUGCUCGGUUACGUUGACAAUGGCCGACAGGAACUGGCCUUGGAGCUGUUUGUGUCAAUGGCAAACCUUGGAGCUGUUUGUCCACCCAAUGCCAGGACCUUUGUGGCAGUACUCAAGGCUUGCACGGGCAUGGCAGAGAAAGAAGAGGUGACAGUGGUGAGCGACAAGUCUUACAAGCAGCUCUCUCUGGAAAAAGGACUGGCUCUUCACUCGGAAGCUGCGAGACAUGGCUGUGACACCGAAGUGUUCGUCGCAAACACCUUGGUUGACAUGUACUCCAAGUGCGGGAGCUUGGAGGACGCAAGCAGGGUGUUUUACCAGAUGCCACACCGGAACGUGGUGACGUACACGGCGCUGAUAACAGGUUUCUCCGAGACUGGUGAAGCGAAGCUCGCUCUCGAGCUGUUUUCGCUCAUGAAACGAGACGGAGGCUGCGUUCCGGACAGUAAAACUUUUGCGGCUGUGCUCAAGGCCUGCGGCGGUGCCGUCGACUUGCAAAUGGCGAGAGAGGCUCACGCAGCUGCUUGCAGGCGUGGCCUCGAGAGCGAUCGAGUUGUAGCCAACUCCGUGGUAGACACGUACGGUAAGUGCGGAAGAAUUUCCUGCGCUCAGCAUGUCUUUGACACGCUGUGUUGCAGAGAUACAGUGACUUGGACUGCUCUUAUUGCUGGAUAUGGCCGUCAAGGCGACACCGAUCGAGUACUGGCACUUUUCCGUGAGAUGGAAACAGCGGGGUCCCGACCAAACGGUACGACUUUUGUGUCUUUGUUGGCCGCGUUCAGUCGUGCGGGCCUCGUUGACUCUGGGAAACUUUGCUUUCAGGCAAUGCGUUCUCGGUACGGGGUUGAUCCGGGCAUGGAGCACUAUCUGUGCAUGGUGGAUUUGCUCGCACGGGCCAACUUAGUGGAAGCUGCCGUGGAGACUCUGGAGCGAAUGCCAUUCAAACCCGAGGCGCUGGCUUGGAGAACAGUCCUGGGCGCGUGUCAAGAUGGAAACUUCGGAGCCGGGAAGAUUGCUUUCGAGUCACUGAUGGGAGCCAAAGGAGAUCACGCGGCUGCUUACGAUUUGAUGGCGAACUUCCACAGCUGCCUGGCGAUAUCUCUGCAGCGGUGAGAAGUAUGUGUGCUGCCGCUACUGAAAGUCGAGGUUCUACUUUGUCUCGAAGGUGACGGGUUUCAACAGGCGUGACUGCUGCGUCGGCUGCUCGAGUCCCCACCACACUCACGGAUUCCUUCGCAGAUACAAUUGAUCAAUCCAAAGACUUCGUCGACUGCGGAUCGUGACGUGAUUCCUCGCGAGCGCACCUUUCCUUUCUCGCGUGUCAGCUUUUACUCGGAGAGAGAAGAGAAGAUGAUGCGUUUGUAUAUGCGUCUAGCUCGCCUUGGAGCCAUUAUAGCUCGUUUGCUGGAGCAAGACAUGGCAACAAAUGAAAAAAUUUCCAUGAACUCGCACA